AUGGUCAUUAAGCCUCUUCUCGCAGUCCCGGCUCUCGCUCCUUGGUUGAUUGGUUCUCGUUCCUCGUUCUUCGCCCCUCGCUCUCCGUUCCUCGCUUGCCGUUUGUUCGUUCCAUACAUAUUUGAUCUUGAUGUUCUCGCUCCUCGCACACUUGCAUGCUCCCUCGACUCCAUCUUUGGUCCUCAUAUGACAUCGCGUACAUCGUUUUUUGGCAGAUCCAAAAUGACGUUCAAGAAAGUAUCCCAUAAAAAGGUCCGAACAGGGUGUGACUCGUGUAAACGGCGCCGCGUCAAGACAAAAGAAUAUGAAAGCCGGGCUGCGCAUCAUCAUAGCCUUGCUGUUCCGCUGUUCCGCUCAGCUCUAGCCAAUGUUACAGAGAGCAGCAGCCAUGCUCUCUACGCCUGUGGCCACCUUGUCAUCAAAUACUCGUUUGCCAGUCCGCAGUCUCGGCGGAACCUAAUAUUCUCACCAGCCACGGGAACAUCAUCGGAGAUAAUUGGCCUUCUUAGAGGUGCUUUUUCAAUGCAUGGGUAUGCCGAGAAAUGGCUUUCCAAUGGCCCACUCGGCUUCUGUAUGGAAAGGCCGCUGGAUGAAAACCCCGACUUUAGCCAAAAUCCCGAUGAUAGUUACCUCGUCCAGCUUUUAUAUCUGCUGCUCGCUGAUUGCUCCGAAGAGAGCAACCUCUGUUGCGCAGCUCUCAAUAGCCUUCGACGACUACUUGCCAUGGCUGCCACUCCCGGGCAGACCAUCUCUGUUAAAACACUCACAUAUUCAUGGCCAGUGCAGGUUCCUCAAAAAUACAUCACUCUGGUCAGUGAAGGGAGGCCCAAGGCCCUUGUGGUUUUAGCUCAUUACUGUGUCAUGUUGAAAAUGCUCGAUUCUUUUUGGUUUAUGGAAGGUUGUGCCGCAAGGAUUCUGGAGCAAUGUCGACAGGAUUUGGAGAGCCAAUGGCACCGUUAUAUUGAAUGGCCACUAUCUAUUGUCGGGACAUACGGUGGACAAGUGUGA